AUGGCUGUCAGCUUUAAACAGUUUUCCUUUUCAAUCCUAGUUGGAUGGAGUAGUUUCCAGUCUAGCCUGUAUUUCUUCAGCAGAGGACGUGCGAGCUGGUAUACCGCUCGAGUGGACUGCAGACAGAGAGGAGCUGACUUGGUGAUCAUUUCCAGUCUUCAAGAACAGGUCUAUCUUUCUAGACAACGAUACUAUACAGCCUGGAUUGGUCUGACAGACAGAGAGACAGAAGGGGUGUGGAAGUGGGUGGAUGAGACUCCACUGACAGUUGGGUACUGGAUGCAAAGUCAGCCUGAUAACUGGAGAGGUAGGGAAGACUGUGCCCACCUUCACAGAUAUAGGAGGAGGUGGAACGUUGAGGACUGCAAUGAACAUCUUAGUUGGAUCUGUGAGAUGAAAGUUUAA